CACACUUUCUCUCUCUGCACAAGAAUCAUCCAUACCCUCUCUCUCUCUAAACCUGUACACAGAGAAAUGGAAAGCAAUUUGCCUGCAAUAUCAAAGAGAGUGUGGAGCACAGUACGCGUCCUCUACUUCAUGCUCCGAAAAGGCUUCAUCAAAGGAAAACUCCUCAUGGAACUCAACCUCAUGCUCAAACGCCCCGGCAAGCUGGCCGGAAAAGCCAUCGCCAACUUCAUCUCCCACCACCAUGGCACCUCCGCCGCCUCCCACGACGCCCAUUUGCGAUUCUCCACCGCACGCGAGUACGAGUUCAGCUGCAGCAACACUCCCAACUACGGCUUCUUCUCCAGACGUCAUCCCCGUCGCUUCUUCGCCUGUGCUCACGCGCCGCUCACGCUGGACGACGAUGAUAUGGUGGCGGUUAAUAAUGCGCUUAAGGCGGCGUUGGAGAUGGUCGAUGACGAAAAACGUAUGGAUGGGGUGGAGGCGUCGCCGGCACUUCCUGGGUUUGGUCGCACCCCGGUGGCGAGACAGGUGAGGGUGACAGACUCUCCAUUUCGGGUGCAAGACGGCAACGACUUCGGGGACCACCAGGUUGACAAGGCGGCGGAGAAGUUCAUAGAGAGGUUCUUCAGGGAUUUAAGGAAGCAGCAGGGCUGAGCAAUUUUGGAUGUGUUAUUCUGUGUUAAUCGUUAAUUAUAAUUAGUUAACCGUAAAAUUAUCACAUCAAAGCCAAUUUGGAUAUAUGAUGUUGAUAAUCAUCCCAACCUCAGUUUUCACCUUUUGUGGGUUGGGGAUUUUGGUUUCGAAGUUGUUAUUUCAGACAUAUAUCAUUUGUACUUUCAAUUGUUAUGUUUUACGAUAUAAAUAU